UCAUCAUGUACAUACAUAUAGAUUGCCAUCAAGAGUUAACCAAGUGGAACGAAGUGUUUUUGGAGUAAGUUAAUGGAUCGCCUGCAUGGCCCACAUCACGACGACGCACGGCAGCUUAAGCCAAGCGCCAAGCAACAAUUGCAACUCAACCAUGAGUGCAACGAAUGGAAAUGGCAAUCACGACAGCAACAGCAAUGGAAAUGAUCGUGCACAGCAGCAACAGCCGCGACCACCAGCAGUAGCAGCUACAACAACAGCAGAGCUAGCAACAGCGACUCCCACCAAUAUCAGCAGUCGUGUUGAUAUUGCACACACAACAACAAUAACAACGACAAUAACAGCACCGCCACGUCCCGCCACAGCGCCAGCGCGCAGCGGUAAUAGCAACAAUAACAAUAAUUGCCUACCAUUGAGCAACAGCAACAGCAACAGCAACAAUAACAACAACAGCAAUAGCAACAGCAAAAACCACAGUCAUCAGCCCAGCAACAACAACAAUGAGAACAACAUCAGCAGCAGCAGCGGUCUUAUCGUCAGCGGCAUUGCAGCCACACAGACGAGCAGCAGCAGCAGCAACAAUAAUACAACAGCAACAAUAGACACAAGCAGCGGUAACAGCAACAACAACAACAACAACAGCAGCAACAACAAUCACAUUUAUGUAAAUCCGCACAGCUAUGAUAGCAGCUCUGGCACCACUGGCAGCGGCAACAUUAGCGGCUCAACGGCUAUCAUGUUGCCACUGCCGAUGACAUUGCAACUGCAACUGCCCGACAGCAAUCCGUGCAGCAGCAGUGGCAAUGGAUUGAGCCUGGGCGCGAUCAGUCGACCUGGGACAUCGACAACACUCAGCACACUGAAUACAUAUCUGUUUCCGUGUGGUGCCGACUCUGCUGGCACCAUCGGCGGUGGCACCUUCAACGGCAGCACCAGCUGUGACCUCGACAGCAACUUUAGCCAAAUGGUUGCCGGCGCCAGCGAGCCGGGCAGCUCAACGUCCCACAGUCCGUGUCCGGUGACGUUUUCGGGUGGUGCAGCUGGUGGUGGGCCCUUGGGACUCGCUGUCAAUUUCGGUGGCUUCAUCAACAAGCGACGCAUACGCAAGCUGUUUGGCGUCGGUGGUGCUACCAAUGCUGGUGAUGGCUUCGCCCCAUAUGGUGCUGCACUGCGGCGUCGCAGCUCGCAGCUGGUGCAGUUCCACAAGAAGAAGCAACAGCAGCAGCUUGAGCAAAUGGAGCAGCAGCAGCGCAUUGCGACUGUUGCGUCGGCGAACGCUGCGUUUUUGGAGCGCAAGGAGCAGCAGCAGCAACAGCUGCAGCUGCAGCACCAACAAUUGCAGCUGCUUCAACAACCUCAAUUGCUGCUCCUGCAGCAGCAGCAGCUGCUGCAACAGACGGAACCGAAGAAGAAGAAGAAACCAGGACCGCCGGCACAGGUGCGACAACAAGCAUCGCGCCAAAUGGACGAUCCGAUGAUGAAUCGGCCUCGCAAGAACACACCUGCCAUCAGCAAGAAGAAGGACAAGGAUAAAGAUAAGGACAAGGACAAAUUCAAUUUCAAGGACUAUGGAUAUGAGAAGUCUUUGCCCAAAUUGAGCAGUCAAGACGAAGAAGGGGGGGCUGGUCAUGGCUUUGGUGGCGGACCACAACACUUUGAACCCAUUCCUCACGAUCAUGAUUUCUGCGAGAGAGUCGUUAUAAAUGUAAGCGGGUUAAGGUUUGAAACACAACUACGUACGCUAAAUCAAUUCCCGGACACACUGCUUGGGGAUCCAGCUCGGAGAUUACGGUACUUUGACCCGCUUAGAAAUGAAUAUUUUUUUGACCGUAGUCGUCCGAGCUUCGAUGCGAUUUUAUACUAUUAUCAGAGUGGUGGCCGACUACGGAGACCGGUCAAUGUCCCUUUAGACGUAUUUAGUGAAGAAAUAAAAUUUUAUGAAUUAGGUGAUCAAGCAAUUAAUAAAUUCAGAGAGGAUGAAGGCUUUAUUAAAGAGGAAGAAAGACCAUUACCGGAUAAUGAGAAACAAAGAAAAGUCUGGCUUCUCUUUGAGUACCCAGAGAGCUCGCAAGCCGCCAGAGUUGUAGCCAUAAUUAGUGUAUUUGUUAUAUUGCUAUCAAUUGUUAUAUUUUGUCUAGAAACAUUACCCGAAUUUAAGCAUUACAAGGUGUUCAAUACAACAACAAAUGGCACAAAAAUCGAGGAAGACGAGGUGCCUGACAUCACAGAUCCUUUCUUCCUUAUAGAAACGUUAUGUAUUAUUUGGUUUACAUUUGAGCUAACUGUCAGGUUCCUCGCAUGUCCGAACAAAUUAAAUUUCUGCAGGGAUGUCAUGAAUGUUAUCGACAUAAUCGCCAUCAUUCCGUACUUUAUAACACUAGCGACUGUCGUUGCCGAAGAGGAGGAUACCUUAAAUCUUCCAAAAGCGCCAGUCAGUCCACAGGACAAGUCAUCGAAUCAGGCUAUGUCCUUGGCAAUAUUACGAGUGAUACGAUUAGUUCGAGUAUUUCGAAUAUUUAAGUUAUCUAGGCAUUCGAAGGGUUUACAAAUAUUAGGACGAACUCUGAAAGCCUCAAUGCGGGAAUUAGGUUUACUUAUAUUUUUCUUAUUUAUAGGCGUCGUACUCUUCUCAUCGGCUGUUUAUUUUGCGGAAGCUGGAAGCGAAAAUUCCUUCUUCAAGUCCAUACCCGAUGCAUUUUGGUGGGCGGUCGUUACCAUGACCACCGUUGGAUAUGGUGACAUGACACCCGUCGGCGUUUGGGGCAAAAUUGUGGGAUCAUUGUGUGCUAUUGCUGGUGUGCUGACAAUCGCACUGCCAGUACCGGUUAUCGUCAGUAAUUUCAAUUACUUCUAUCACCGCGAAACGGAUCAGGAGGAGAUGCAGAGCCAAAACUUUAAUCAUGUUACUAGUUGUCCAUAUUUGCCAGGUACAUUAGGUCAACACUUGAAGAAAUCAUCGUUGUCUGAGUCCUCAUCGGAUAUGAUGGAUUUGGACGAUGGUGUUGAAUCGACGCCGGGAUUAACUGAAACACAUCCUGGACGCAGUGUAGCAGCUGCUCCAUUUUUGGGAGCCACGCCGAUGCAGCUGCAAGCGACGUCACCGCAUCAGCAGCAGCAAUUACAGUUACAGCAGCUACAGUUACAACAGCAGCAACAUCAGCAGAAUGGCUUCAAGCAGCUACAGUCAACAAUAAGCGUCAAUGUGGCAACUGGCAGCGCUGGCAGCAGUCUCACAAUGAGGCACAACAAUGCGCUGGCUGUUAGCAUCGAGACCGACGUUUGACUACUGGUUAAAUUGAUGUUAAGUGGGGUAAGAUUGGCCUUGUGGAGUGUUACGUUGGAUGCCAGAAACGACUACAAAUGCUAUUUAAGUUUACUUUAAGUAGAACAAAUAACAAAACAAAUUAAA